GUUAUGGACGUUUGCACUAGUUCAGUCAAGGCGUGCAUCCAUGCACCCGGGGAAAUUGUAUUUUUGGCUUGGUACAAACUUUGUUGACUACUUACUCGACUCGUUCGAGGGCUUGAAACGUGUUGUCAUAGCCAAGGAGCGAUAGAUGAGCACAUUUUAUUUGAAUUCUCAUAAGGAGUCGUUUUAAGAGCGAACAGAAUAGUAUACUAUUACUAAUAUCUGAAGAUUAUUUUCUAAUGAGAUUCAAGAUGCAUUAUUUUUUGUGAUUAUUGUCUCCUACGGUUGGUCACCCCAUGGUCGAUGGUCACCCUGACCAUGUUUGCCCUGAUUGCGUAACAUUGACUUCCCGGAUAUGGGUUAGAGAACAACUAAAGGAAACUUAUAUAGUGGCUGAUUCGUAAGACUUGCUCAUGAAAGAAAAGCAUGGGAAUUUUAACGUUUAUCUCGAAAUCCGCCAUUAUUGGCCUACUGCAUUAUUGAUUUUGGAAGCCGUGACUCUUAGCUAAUCUGUUAUCACCAACUUAAUGUCUUAUUGGCCUACCGAUCCGUUUUUUACCGGAAGGUGGUCACGGCAUAUACCCGCAAUCCAUAUCUGUCACUAAUCGCAACAAAUUAGAGACGGCAAGUCUGAACCAAGAUGACAUCUUUGCCUACAUUUAUUUCAUAUUUGAAAUCUAAAAAAGGAAUCCUCAGGUAAACAAGACCAUUAAACGAGCUAUCCCACAUCACAUCACUAGGCUCCUCAUCUGUUUCAUACUCUCCUGCAGACUCGAGACUGACUGCCCUUGAUAUUAAAGUAAUAGCUUUCACCGGACGAGCUAAUCACAAGUCUUCAACAUGCCUGGAACUAAUUGGACUAAACUAUUUUACUGUCUGCUCAUUCUUGUUGUCCUUCUGCAUAUUGCCAAAAGGUGUGAUGGAAGAGCGGUGUUGUCUUUAAGACUCGGUCAGUUUCUCAAUCCAGUCAGCAGGUUAUAUGGUAAUAAUUGUUGUAACUUCAGGGAUGGGCAAUGUAGUCCGUGUUACUACGAGUUCCAGAUCUGCGUCUCUCACCUCUCAAGUUUCCACUAUUCGUCAACCGGCGAUCCAUUAUGUGACUACGGGAGAUGGCAUUCUGGAAUAAUACAACCAGGGGCUGAACCUUUUUAUCUACCAUCAAGAUUUCCAAGUGGUCAUUCGAAUCCAGUUCAGAUCAACAUUCCUGAUUGGAAGGGUCGGGUUCGAGUGACGAUUAGCGUGAAAGACGUCGGUGAGUGGGGCUAUAGUAACGAUCCGGUGAUCGAGUAUACAUUAGUUGUUAAGGAGUUCAGCCCAGCAAGGACGGAAGUAAACGCUAGGUGGUACUAUUGGUUUCUUGUCAGAUACGGUGUAAGACUGGGUUUGAGGUAUUCUGUAUACUGUCAACGAGACUAUUACGGUGACUUAUGUCAAGUGUACUGCCGAGCUCCUACGUUCUAUGACCGGUACACCUGCGAUCCCAAUACGGGUCAAAUGAUUUGUCUCCCAGGUUACACAGGUUACAACUGCCAAAGACGGAUUCUGCCGACAGGAUAUCCAUGGUGGUGGAGGCCUGGCGGGAGAGGUCCUGUACCCCAGACACCGUUCACCACGACGGUAGCAUCAAGCAAAUCAACAGAAACAAUUUCUUCUACGGUUAACGUGGAAACACCAACGAACGCGCCUACCUCCAAAUCGCCCACCUCUCAUAGGAACACACCCUUCUCUAAAACGGACACACCCACCUCUAUUACGAACAUGCAGACGUCCAGUCCUAGCACACACACAUCUUCUGCGGAUACACAUAUCUUUACUAUUAGCACGCCAACCUCGGCUUCGAGCGUGCCAACCUCUAGUUCUGAUACACCCACCUCUAUUACGAGAACACCCACCACUACUACGGAAACGCCCAUCUCUUCUUUGAUCACGCCCAACUCUACUUUGAGUAUACACGCUUCUGAUACACACGAGUCACUUUCCAGAACUGUCCAAGAUGUCUCGACAACAGACACGCCCAGCGAAAGAGAAGAUAAAUAUUCUACACCCCAAUCGACUACCUCCACACAAGACACACAAUUCUUCACGAUAAAAACAACAAACCUAACAACUGACAAACCAACACCUACAACACUCAUGCUCUCCACAGGAGUACACGUGCAUACCCCAGUAGCAACAAUAAUUCCAUCCAAAACAUACACGCCCACAUCCACAGAGGGCCAGUCUACACCACAAGUAACUACCUCCACUCCAGACACACGUACAUCUACAAUGAAUGCGUCUAUAUUUACAUCGGAAACGGUCACCUUAAAAACUGACACAUCCACCCUUAAAACAGAUAUGUCCUCCAUGGCAACAUCCAUGGAUACACUUUCACCCACAUUCACUAUGCCCACAGACGGUCCUUCACAAACACCGUCAUCCACCGUAGAAACGUCCUUGAAAUCGAAUACACCCAUCAACAUUACCGACAAACUUACCUCUAAAAUGCCAAUUGCCUCCACAGCGACGCACCUACAUACCUCUACUGUGGCCAUACUUACAUCCGAAGCAGACACGCCCAUUUCCUUAGAGGACUCGCCAGAAAUACCUUCUUCUACAAAAGAGCCUUCUGCGAAAUCACAAACGCCCGUUUUCAUAACUGACACCCCUGCCUUUGAAACAUAUAGUCCCUCCUCAUUGACAAACGCGAAUGCUCCUACAACAGUCACACUUCCUUCUAAAACAGACACGCCCGUCGUAGGUACAUCUAUCAGAACAGACACCACGGUGUACACGCCCAACCCGACAACAAAGAGCAUAUCGCAAUUUGACAAAAUGACGACGAUCGCACGCUUAAUAGAUCAAACAGUGUUACCGAAAAGCGAAACUGCCACGAUGAAAGUACAACCAUCAACCAACAGCAUUGCAAUAAUAACAGCAUCUUCAACUAAAAUGCAACCUACAAAACUUUCUCCAACUGAGUCUGUAUUUGAGCCAAGCACCUUAAUCACAGAGUAUGCAACGACCGAACUUCACUCUCAAGACGCUAAUGUUGAGGAUAAUGUAACAACCGAACAAACAACACCUUUAGCCAAUUCUACACUGCAACACACACAGUAUUCUUCAGAGACACCAUCUUUGAAAAUCUCAACAACAGUUGAUGACAGGUAUAUCACGACAGGUAUUGUCACCUCAGAAACGCUUGAACUCUCCCCAUCUAGAGAAUAUUCAGAGACGACAAUCAAGUCAUCACCUUAUCCAUCUUCCCCUUCUGCAGAAGGUGUAACCACUGGGCCACAUCCAACGACAGACAGGUAUAGUGUUGUCACUGAUAUAGAAUACAUUUUGACGCAUGUCCCAGAGAUAGCACCUACAAAAGACACAACCGUCGAGGAGUCCACAACUGAUUUCAGGUCUGGUGCAACAAGUUUUGCCACACCUCGAUCGAAAACAAAGUUAACUAAGAAACCAACAGAUCAUCGUCGACUAAAAAAUAACACUUCAUCACGAAUUCCGACUACUACUAUGAUAAGUCCAACGUCUGUCGACAGCGUCACGAACGCCGUUGCCGGAAAUGCCUCUGUAUCGUCAACAUCAUCGUCAAAACCAACCGUUGGUUAUACAAAUAUAACUGACAUAGCGAUUCAUACUACGACAAUCGAUUCUCCAGAUAUGGCAAUGGUUGACCCAACUUUUGCAUCUGUAACAAAUCAAGAUUCAUCAAAAUAUCCAUUUUAUAGUACGUCAACCAUUUCAACCAAUGACAUGGUUUCUACAGAACGAUUUUCUAAAAAUAGCACAGAAAGUACAGUAAGAACUAGUGUGACGUCGCCAAAUGUCACGUUAACGGUUCCAUUGUCCUCAUCUUUGACGUCAUCGUCAACAUCCUUUUCUGAUGAUCCUACGGUCGGUACAUCUAUCGCAGUAAGACAACCGUCGGUUCUGCUGCGUAACCGUACAUUCUUUCCUAUAAGGACAAUGUCAUCGAGAAUUUGUUGGACGAAUAAACCAAAUGACGUGGAAACAUCUUGUAAAUGUGGCCGAGGGGAUUUGCCAAAACUACCAUCCAUAGAGGAUUAUUCAUGGACAAUCGCAUUUAGUAAUGGAAAAAUAGAUAAUUUACCCGUAAAAAUCGGCAUAUCCUAGCUUUUUUCGUUAUCUGUAUAGAUCCUGUUGAUGUUGGUUGUAUAUCUUUGUUGUCAUUCAGUAUUGUAAAAAAACAUAUAUAUAUUAUUUAUAAUUUGCCGUUUUAUGCCCUACAUUGUUGUCAAAUAGAAUUAGUUUAUUAUGUUUCACCUCUAUUAUAUUAAUGUUUCCAUCAUUUUCGUGUUAAUGCAGUAACAAGGAGUUCAAAAGCCGAAGGUGUGCAUUGCAGGCAGAAUGAAAAGACACAAACAAGGACAAUAUUCAGGAAUAUCUGUUGAAAUAUGAAUAAAGGAUUUACCUUCACCAUUAUUAUGAAUAUUAUAUCCUCACACAGGUAGUUGUCAUUUCAGAAUUUCAAUAAUCUUAUUGCACUUUGCCCUUGCCGCUAAAAUAUAAGCCUUCUUCUUGUAUCCUUUAAGUAUUAGUUUUUUAGUUUUCGUAGUUAUUGACGACUAAACAAGUUUUUUUUUGUAGGCAACAUCUGCCCUGAAAAAAACAAGCGGUUUUUAAUAAUAAAGAAAAGAAUAUAACAUGAACACUGUAAUUCAAUAAAAAUUAGAAAUUUAAAAAAGCACGGGCAUAUACAAACUUCACAGGUAUUUUUUUCUCUCAUUUCACUGAACAACAAUUAUGAUGCCUAACAUGGACAAUAUGCAAAUGUGUGAGUGAGAGGGUAUCUUACGUUUUUUCAUUACAUAUGAAUAUAGCGCUUAAUUAUGUUUAUAAGUGUUUUAUACUAUUACCCCGGCUUUAGCACGGCUACCCUGAUCGGAAGCUCGAGCAUUCAAGGAAUAUUGAUGAAACACCCCUGGGUACCCAUUUACUCACCUGGGUAGAGAGUGGCAAAUAUAGAUAAACGCCUUGCAAAAGGACGCGAGUGUUACUGUUGGAUUUGAACCCCCGACCUUGCGAUUCAAAGUCAUAUCUUUAAUUUUUCGUUUAUUUGGUAGAACAGAAUCGUUGUUUUUUAAAGUAAAAUUCAAUGAUGAUUAAACCUGUUCCAUGUGGAAUGAAAAGUUUCUGAAAUUCGAUAUGAAAGAAUACAUGUACCAAUAGAAUAGUAAGCGAGUCUUCUCCUUAGUCAUUUUCAUACCGUCCAUAUUACGCGCGUCAAUAUUUUCAGAAAUCACCAUCACAGUUUGGAAUGACACUAACAUUUCUUUGCAUUCCAAAUUGAUGACAUUGUCGGUAUCAUACUUGCAAAGUAAGUGAUAAAUCGAACGUUAGUCCCACAAAAGGGUUCACUGCUGAAUGCUGAGUUGAAUUAUCACUCUCAUUCCUCAUUCUCAGUCUCUUUGUAUUAUUUCGUGUAUUGAAGGAUCAAUUAGUUUAAAACAAUAAAUCUAUUCUUUUAUUUUGCAGGA